GAUGCAGACGGCAGGACUGGGUGGAAUGAAGCAUAACACAAUCCUCCUGGGCUGGCCCGACUCCUGGAGGAAGAAACCUUCAUGGAGGAACUUUGUUGAGACCAUCAGAGUGGCGUCUGCCAUGGAACUGGCCGUGCUGGUUCCCAAGGGAAUAAACUGGUACCCCAGUAACGAGGACAGGAUGAAGGGGCACAUUGACAUAUGGUGGGUGGUCCACGAUGGAGGACUUCUGAUGCUCCUCCCAUUCCUCCUGAGGCAACACAAAGUCUGGAAACACUGCUACCUCAGAAUCUUCACCGUGGCACGUAUCCCUCCUUUACUUCCUGUACUGUGCGUGUGUGUGUGUGUGUGAAGAGAGAGAGAGAGAGAGAGAGAGAGAGACAGAGACGUAUGUAGUGAAGGGCAAGGUGUAGUAGCUUGGUGCAUUUGAUUAUCAUAACAUGUAGAGAGAGAGAGAGAGACAAAGUUAAGAAGUUUAUUUCCUGAAAGAGUUGGCCAACAGAACUGGAGGACAACAGUAUUCAGAUGAAGAGAGAUCUGGCCAUGUUUCUCUACCAGUUGAGAAUCCCAGCUGAAGUCGACGUCAUUGAAAUGCCCGACACAGACAUCUCGGCAUACACAUACGAGAGGACCCUCAUCAUGGAGCAGAGGAACGAGAUGCUCCAGAAGAUGAGGAUGACAGAGAAGCAGAAGAGAGGAGACGUGCAGCACCUCCUCGCUCGCUCCUUCAGCUCCCGCCAGAUGUCCAUCCCCGCCAUACCCCCCACCCCCUCCUCGCCCCCCGGGGAAAUUUCCAUCCCCGUUCCCCAGCUCCGGAGGGUUCAUUUUGACCACCCUCCCCACCCGUCCACCACCGCUGCACUCGCUCUCUCCGAUGUAACCGUGGAAACUGAUAACGUGGACCUCAUUCCCAUGACAACCAUCACGGAGGAAGUUGGUGUUGUUGAAGAUGGCGAGAAUGGUGCACUCCCGGGGUCGUCGCCACGGAGACGUCGUCGUGACAGCAGUAGCAGUGAGAGCUCGGAGGAUGAGAACUCACCGGCAGUGGAGGCUGCACCGCCACAGACCAAUGCCGGAUCACCCCCUCUUCUUGUCCACCCCUCAAUCAGAGCUUAUGACAACUUCUUUGACGGAAACCACUCCAAAUCUGCUGAGGUUGCUGAAGGUCUCACCUCUGAACCACAUGACGAUAAUCUUCGUCGAAUGAACACCUCGGUCAAGUUGAACGAGCUCAUCGUUCAGAAAUCCCACGAUGCCUCCCUCGUUAUCAUCAAUCUCCCAGGGCCACCUCGUAACCAUGCCGACGAGGAGAACUACAUGGAAUUUCUGGAUGUCCUGACCGAAGGUCUUGAGAGAGUGCUAAUGGUGAGAGGUGGAGGUCACGAGGUCAUCACCAUCUAUUCCUGACCUGCCCCUCCCCCCAGUCACCACACUCGCUGCUAUUGGAACUGUUACUAAAUAUAGCUUUUAUCUACCAUAAUCUCAUCUGUUUUGUGUUAAUGUGCUGUGCUAUUUAAUUGUUGGUAAUUUCAUCAGUCGAUAUCAAAGAUUAUUAUUACACAUUAAAUAUUAGAAUGAAGUAGAGAAUAAGGCAUGAGUGCUGUUGCCAUAGCAUUUAGUGCAAGAUGGUUGUGAUUACUGGUUGCUAUAGAUGCAGUACAGUUGCCAGUUGAGCAAUAGUUUCGUUCACCGCUUCCUCGAGAGCCUGUGAUUUCUGUUCCCUCAGCUUCUCCCCCUCUCUUCUGCCUCCUCCCUUUACCUUCUUCCCCCGGCCCCUCUUAGCUCCCUGACUCAUUGCUAGUAACAGUACUUCCUCCACAGCCAUCUCUCCCUCCGCAACCUGAUCAGGAAAACCAUGGCAACUAUCUCUCUCACAUCUCAGAACAUUAGAAUGGCAACUCUCUCGCUGUUUCACCUUCUUCCUCUUCUUUCUCUUCUUCUUGUUCUUCUUUUUGGGGGCCUUUUUCACUCCAAACGGGUUGGGCUCGCUUGUCUUUGUCUCGCCCGUCUUUUUCUUCUUACGGCCCAUUAGAUAUUCUAUCUAACGCCCUCCCACGCGCCGUG